UGUCAUCCUCAAUCUUCACGUAUCUUCAAAAGGCGAAUGGGAUAGAAAAUGGCACAACAAGGAGGCACAUAUCGCAUCUCGCCAGAGCAAAAGUCGCCUGCCAAAGAGAGAUCCAGCUCCAGCUCUGGUCCCCAGGCGCAAAGUCGAUGCGACGAGAAGGAGAAGGGGAGCGAAGAGGAUUGGGAGAUUGUCAAGGAUCCUCGAGAUGAACAACCACAGGGACCAAUUCGAGGUUUUCAUAGCAGUUUUGACCUGCAGCUUGGUUGGGGGAAGUGGAAGUUUAGUGCUUUGAGUUGGGAGGCGAAUGCUGGGAGACAGGAGUGCGAUCACCAGCAGCGUGCUGGCCAGGAUGCGAUCGCAGAUGGAGAGAAGAAGGAUGAAGAUGGGAAGCGAUGAGCUGACGGUUGCUGGAUGCAAAUUCUCACGAGAAAUUGUCUGGAUAGAAGUCCUCAACCCACCUCACUCACGUUACGUCUUUCGUCCAUCCGCUGUACUAAGAUACGGUGCCGGGUCAAAUGAAGAAUACAUCAGGAAGUGAUGACCACUCCGUGGCCAUGAAGGCAUGGCCACUGCCAUUUGAGAGGAAAGCUAGACAGACCUGAAUAGACACAGGUAUUAAAGCAGCAUCUUCACUCGCCAAGCCGCCGUGUCUUUUCACAAGUCUAUGCUCAACUAACGCAACCGAC